CCUACCUCCUCUAAGUCCACCUCAGCUUCGAUAGGGAGAUAGCCCCGCUACUUUUUUUUUUUUUUUUUUUUCCCCUACGGAGAUACUCGAGAGGGAGAGCUUCGAUAAUCUAUCGAUUACCUCAGUUAGCCCAGGCAGGGCUCAACCAACCCCAUUUUACUGCUCAACAGCUUUUCGCUUCACCGACGCCCAUAGAGAAGCCUUACUCGGGCAUACGCAACCCGCUCUCUAUCCUUGAGAAAGAUUCCAGCAGAUAUGUCGUUGAACGUGCCCAGCGCGCCAAAUGCUGGCCUGUUCAAGCAGGGCUACAACAACUACGAUUCCGAAGAUGGAGCCGUGCUGCGGAACAUUGACGCUUGCCGAGCCAUCUCAUCCACCGUCCAGACCUCCUUAGGUCCCUAUGGCCGAAAUAAGAUCAUCAUCAACCAUCUGCAAAAGAUGAUCCUCACCUCCGAUGCCGCCACUAUUCUCAAGGAGCUCGACGUUGUUCACCCCGCUGCGAAGUUACUCGUCAUGGCAAGCCAGCAACAGGAGGCCGAGAUGGGUGACGCCACGAACCUCGUCAUCGUCCUGGCUGGAGAACUCCUGAAGAAGGCCGAAGACCUACUCCGCAUGGGGUUGAAAACCGCUGAUAUAGUGAUUGGCUAUGAGCGCGCCCAGAAUUUUGCCCUCGAAGCGUUAGAAGAGCUCGUCGUAGACAAGGUGGAAGAUAUCAGAAACCAGGAAGAAUUGAGCAAGGCAAUCCGGACGGUAGUAGCGAGCAAGCAGAACGGAAAUGAGGAUACCCUGGCCAGCCUCGUUUCUGAAGCUGUCCUUGCCGUACUCCCCAAGAACCCCUCCAACUUCAAUGUCGACAAUAUUCGGGUAGUGAAGAUUAUGGGCGGAAGUUUGGAGCAGAGCCGGGUGGUCAAGGGCAUGGUGUUCGCCAAGGAGCCAGAUGGGUCCGUCAAGAAAGCAAAGAAGGCCAAGGUUGGCGUCUUCUCGUGCUCUAUCGACAUUAGCCAAACUGAAACGAAGGGCACUGUGUUGUUGCAUAACGCCAAGGAGAUGAUUGACUUCACCAAGGGGGAGGAGACCCAGCUAGAGACCGCCAUCAAGGAGUUGCACGACGUCGGGUUGAGAGUCGUAAUCGCCGGCUCGACCGUCGGGGAGCUUGCUCUACACUACCUUAACCGGUAUGGCAUUCUUGUCAUAAAGAUCCUAAGCAAGUUUGAGUUGCGGCGGGUCUGCCGAGUUGUCGGUGCCACCCCUCUCGCAAGAUUGGGCGCCCCUAUGCCGGACGAGAUGGGGUCUAUAGACGUCGUUGAAACCCUCGAGAUCGGUGGAGAUCGUGUGACGGUAUUCCGACAGGAGGAUGAAGUUACGAGGACAGCAACUAUCGUCCUCAGGGGCGCGACGCAAAACUAUCUCGAUGAUGUCGAACGGGCAGUGGACGACGGAGUCAACGUGGUCAAAGCCAUAACCCGUGAUGCGCGACUGGUACCCGGUGCGGGUGCAACGGAGCUGCAACUGGUGGGCAGAAUUCAAGCCUUUGGUGACAAGACAUCAGGCUUGCCGCAGUACUCCAUCCGGAAAUACGGCGAGGCAUUUGAGGUGGUACCAAGGACGAUAGCGGAGAGCGCCGGGUUGGACGCCACGGAGGUGCUAAGCAAGUUGUAUACGGCACACCACAAGAAAGAUAACUGGACCACAGGGGUCGAUAUUGAGGGCGACGAGGAUACACUAGACGCCAAGAAGAAGGGCAUCUUAGAUCUUAUGGUUACGAAGUCUUGGGCUAUCAAGCUGGCCACGGAAGCAGCACGAACUGUGCUCUCGGUGGACCAGAUCAUCGUCGCGAGACAAGCCGGCGGACCGAAACCGCCGGGUCCCAACCCGAACUGGGACGAGGACUGAAGAGAUUGCAAUAGGGUAGU